CCCUUGCCGCGCGAUCAGUCUCUGGGUGACUACAUCGAGUUUGACCUGAGCAAGCUACACAAUUCAAAAGGUGGAUUCCUCAUCGAUGAGGAUUCUCUGGUCGAAGGCGGGCGGAAAACUGUCGAAGAGGUGCGCAAGGAGAGGGAAAGGGAGCGGCAGCGCAUGAGAGACGCCAUGGAGCCGGGUAUCGUCCUGGACGAUCGAGAGGAGAUCUGCGUCCACUGUCAGAGCAAAGAGUUGAACGAUCAGCUCAGGAAAGUCUUUGGCGUCAAGGUCUGCAGGAGUUGCGAGAGGAAACUGCCGGAGCUGUACAGUCUCUUGACAAAGACUGAGGUCAAGGAGGACUAUCUCCUGACCGAUCCCGAGCUCAGGGAUCCAGAACUGCUGCCCCACCUCCUCAAGGCAAAUCCACACAAGUCUACAUAUUCAAACAUGAUGCUCUUUCUGCGCUGUCAGGUGGAAGAGUACGCAUACUCUGCUGCUAAAUGGGGUUCAGAGCAAGGGCUGGACCAAGAGUUCGAGAGAAGAGAGGAAGAAAAGAGUCGCAAGAGGGGAAAGAAGUUCCAAGACUCGUUGAAGGAGCUGAGGAAGAGGACGAGGGAUAACGUCUGGCAGAGGAGGAGGGACGAGGAGCAUCGCCACGAGUGGGUGGAUCUCGAGGAGGGAGAAGGUGGGGAUGGGGAUGCUGCGGGGCAAGACUCGGGGAUCAAGAAGCAGGUCUGCAAUGGCUGUGGAUCAGUCAUCGAGGUCGAGGUCUUCUAG